AUGAACUCAGCAAGAGUACCUGGGACAACCGCUGCGCCUCUUCGUAUGGCUCCUGGUGCUACUGGACCGGCUUCGAACCAUUCUACUUCCUCUUCUCGUUCCAAUAGCUACCCGCAGAAGACCCUCAAUGCCAUGCUCAAUUCACCUGCUAGGCUAGCACAGCCUCAUCUCCAUCCAGAUAAAAUCAAUGGAGCUUUAUGGUUUGGUAUUGACCCAUGUGUCAACUCUUUCAUUCGGGCAACUUGGCAAGCAUACUACAUGGGGCCUUGGAAGAGUUGGAGGAAGGUUCCUGAUGAAAGGAGGGAAUCAUGGUGGAAAGAAACAUGGACAACCAUUGGUGAAAGGAUAAACAAGAAGAAGAGGCAACACAAGAAGCCAAAGUAUAUCAAUGAUGCUGACUGGACACUCCUGUUGGAGCAUUGGGCGACCGAUGCAGCUAAAAAGAAGAGCAAGAAGGGUGCAAAAUCUCGCAAGUCUGAUCCUGUGGGUAAAGGUUGCCACAAGCAUAAUGCAGGACCUAGGUCUUUUGCAAGGAUUGAGUAUAACAUGAUGGUGGCGUCUGGUACUAAUGAACGGCCAUCAUUCACUGAUCUAGUCAGGGCGACACACACCCGACCAGAUGGGACUUUUGUGGACUAUUGUGCUGAAGAGCUGGUUACUCAAGCCGAGAUGGAAGCCACACAGCUCUCUAACACUGAAGGAUCACCCGGGAGUCCAAGUGCAUCAUCUACUCCUUCUCGCCUCAAAUAUGACUUAGAGCUGCUUAAUAAUGUGAAUGCUAAGGGUAAGAGGGGGCAUGUUUAUGGACUCGGUAGUGCCCAAUACGGGGAGCAAGCACCUUCUUCAAGCGUCCCUAAUGGUCUUGCCCACAACCUGGAGCUGGAGAUGCGUGUGGGAGGUCUUGAGACAAGCCUCCAAAGUGUGAGGCAGGACGUGUCCGAGGUGAAGCAGGACUUUGCAUCAACAAGAGAUGCAAUCAAUCAGCUCCUCCAAACGCUUCGUCCCCAACGAGCACCUACUGAACAGACUUUUGCUCAGCCUCAAGCCCCAACUACUCAGCCUUAA